GUCGACUUCAAUGCUUCUGAGUCGGCCUUGAUACUGCAGCGGUGUGUUGAUGUAUCCGAUCUGUACGAAGCAUCAGAGUCUUAUGUUAAAAGAGAAAUCCACAAAUUUUAUAAUAUUUGUAGUGACUGAUUUCAAGUAUAGAUAUCUGGGAUGAGUCAUUUAAUUUUGGUAAAUAAUAUUGAACAAAUUGUGGUUAUUUUUUUGGAGAAUCUAAUAUCAUGCAAUAGAGGAAUAUGUAAGAUUCGUUCUCGUAAAAAUGUGCGCAAAAUAACACUGUUGGAUCGCAUUGUAUCGUGUAAAAUGGCAAAUUUUCAACGUUCUUCCUUUUGUUUUUAUUUAUUAAUGGAAGUACAUAACUUGCUUUUGACUGGUGAUAAAUGUUCACUAAGAGAACUUUUUUACAAAGAUCCGGCCAAUAAUUGCAAAACUAUCAAUAUUUGUAACAGUUUAAAAGAUGUCUGCGUACUUCUACGUGCAACACCAUGGAAUUUGGGCAUCUUCGCGUCUGGAAAGGGGUUAAUUGCAGGUUCAAUACGUAUGCUUAUGAUAAAUGGUGACAUGAUCGACUGUUACACACAAAAUGGUGCUGUUUUACUACCUCAAGAUCAUAAUGCUAUCAAUCAUUUGGAAACAAGUGCAUCAUUUGUACUAAUUGUCGAAAAAGAUACCAUAUUUUCUAAAUUAAUUUCACAGAAAAUAUUUGAAACUAUUGGAAAAGAUAUAAUUUUGAUUACUGGAAAAGGUUACCCCGAUUUAUGUACGCGUUACAUUGUACAUCGCCUUUCAUUUGAGCAUAAGCUUCCAAUCUAUGCACUUUGUGAUGCCGAUCCAUUUGGUAUCGAAAUUUUAUUAAUCUAUCAAUUUGGAUCGCGUAAAAUGCCGUAUGACAUUUCAAAAAAUUUAAUUUGCCCAAAAAUGCAAUGGUUAGGUAUUCAUCCAAGUGAACUGAACAUGUUUAAUUUUUCAAGUGCGUCACUAAACAAGUACGAUAAUCGUAAACUUGAAAAUAUAUUGCGUUAUAAUUAUUUAAAACCUGCCAUACGUGCAGAAUUGCAAAUAAUGCGACUUUUACAAAGGAAAGUCCAUAUCGAUGAAUUACAUUGUAUUGCACAAAAAUUUCUCAUUAAUGAUUACUUACCGAAUAAGAUAAAACGUAAUCUUGCCAUUUGAGUGAAUAUCAAAUAAGUACUAAUUUCAUACCAACAGUAUAAUAUUGAAAGUAAAUCAAUAAAUAUUUGAUUUUAUUA